UAUAGAUAAAACGAUUGUCGACUUUUUGCCGUUUGUUAACGAGAAAUUCGUUGGGGAUCGUUUUUACACCUCUGCAUCCUGAAAGAAUCUGUUUGACUUCAUCGCAUUUUGAAAAAGAGGCAUUGAGUCCCACUGUCUAUCAUGUCACCUUGUCAACUUUUGCUGCAAAUGUCCGAUGUUGAUGAUCUUCGUUCGACCGGCAUUAUAUGUUGUGUGUUAAGCAGUAUCCUCUCUUGUACCACCAUUGUGUUGAACAUUAUAACCAUCCACGCGAUUAGAAAAACUUCCUUGUUAUCCAAUACUUUAAAGACAUUUCUUCUGAGUCUUGCUGUUUCUGAUGUUGGUGUAGGUUUGGUUGUCCAGCCGUUUUUCACUUCAAUUUUGGUCAGAGUUUUACAGCAUAGCAUCCCAGAUUGUCCUACUUACAGGGCAUUCGAUGUCAUAUCGCACGUUUUUUCCGGUGCCUCGUUUUUUGGUGUCAUAGCCUUAAGCGUAGACAGGUUCUUAGCUAUUCAUAUUCAUCUCAGAUACCAGGAACUUGUGACUCACAGGCGUGUUAUUGCCGUGGUCAUGUCGAUGUGGCUGCUUAGUUUCUUCAUUGCUUUUUCGAUCUUGUGGGUCCCUAAUACUAUCCGUUUUAUUUCUGUAAGCUUUGUCGGAAUUGGUUGUAUUCUACUGACAAAAAUUGCGUACUCUAGGAUUUAUUUCACUCUAAGACGCCACAAGAAUCAGAUACAGUCCUUGCAAGUACAGGAACCGCAUGAAGAACAAAUUCAACGGGUUGGUGAAAUGACAUAUUUGACAAGCCUUAUCAGGACUGUGGUUGGUGUCUAUUACGUGUACCUUGUAUUUUUGAUUUGCUAUUUGCCGUUUGUUGCUUAUGUAGUUGGUAUUGCUAUUUGUGGACCGACUAUCGCUCUUAAGAGACUUAAUCUCUUCUCAUCGAUUUUUGUAUUUCUUAAUUCAUCUCUGAACCCUGUUAUUUACUGCUGGAAGAUGAGACACGUUCGAAACGCUAUCAUAGACAUACUGCGGAACAUUACAACAUCAAGCCGCGCAUCAGUGGCGCGUUCAUAG